ACCAAAUAUAUUGUAAAUAGUUCAUGCAUCUAUUGUACAUACUUCCAUUCUCUGUAUAUAUAGCAUACAUCCCACUAUUACACUAGUCACAACUUAUUUGAUAACCAAAUCGGUCAUAGUAGUUUUCUGAAAACUUGUAUCAUCCGUAAACUAUGCAACGGUUGGCAGGUCUGUCCCAUACGCGAACCGUGGCUGUGGCCAAUGCAGUGAGAUGCAGGAGCUUGUCGUGGCUCAGCAAUUUGUUCAGCAGCGUCGGGUCUAGCAAAACGCCCACCGAAUUGACCAUAACGCGCAGGGGCGAAACUAUGACAUAUGGCAGGCCGAAGACCGUUCUGGGGCUGUACAAGCGAGUCAUGCUGCUUGCGCCGAAUUAUCCUCUCGGCGAAGACUAUCUAAGGACCAAUGUGCGACACCUUUUCCGAAAAGAGCGGAAGCCGGAGGACCUUCCCAGACUCAUGGAACAAACAUAUAAUGUGCUUUUGGUUGCGGAACGGAAAUAUCCGCGACCGAUUCCAUACCCAGCUAUACCAUUUAACCUACCGGACGGGCCCCCAUCUGGUAUCAUUGUUGGACUGAGCCACCCAAUUUGAGGUGGUUACAGCUGCAACGGAUUUAGAUAGGCGCACUGAUAUACCUGUGGACGUGCAAUAUGUGUUGCGCUUAGUAAAGACAAGGGUGGUAUAUGCUCGAAUAUGCUCUGAGAGCUGCGUUAUAUUUAUUUAGUACUAGUCUAUCUGAUCAUUAAAGGUAUUUAGACGCAAACAAGGACGUACAGAUUGGCUUUGAAACUGCGGAG